AUAUUUCAUCCGCCAUCUUAUCCAGUUAUUAAUAUUCGAUCCAAAUCAAGCAGUUCACUGGUAUUUGUAUUUGAGACAUAUGAAAUAGACCCAGGAGAGCUUAGUUUCAGUUCCAUGUUUUCAAGAACUUGAUGUUAUAUGUUUUCUGAUUAAUGAACUGAGACAACACGGAGCAAGUCGCCCUAUAUACACUGACAGAUACAUAUAUCCUAGUUAACCUCAUCAAGACAAGACAAUGUAUUAUCUAUUAUGGUUUCCAGUACUCCUUGGAUAUGUUUCGUGUAAUUACGAGUUGACCAUCUUACAUACUAAUGAUAUCCAUGAUAGAUUUGAACAGACGGACAAAUACAGUGGAGUUUGUAGCAUUAAAUUGAGAGAUGAAGGUAAAUGCUUUGGUGGAAUUGCUAGAAGACAGACUAAAAUCAAGGAACUGAGGGCGAAGUACGCAAACACGGUACUUUUGGAUGCUGGAGACCAAUCCCAAGGCACCUUGUGGUAUUAUAAUUAUGGUGGGACAAUUGUUGCCAAAUUCUUAAAUCUCUUAGGCUACGAUGCCAUGAGUUUUGGUAAUCAUGAAUUUGACAAUGGUUUGAAGGGUGCUCUGUCACUGGUGAAUAACACAGAUAUCCCUAUUCUGGCCUGUAACAUCGAUUCCUCACUGGAACCAGAAUUCCAGGGAACAUUUAAAAAUAGAACAACAGUAGUCAUCAACGGAGCAAGAAUUGGUGUUGUUGGGUACAUCACUACAGAAACCAAAGAAAUAUCUCGUCCAGGACGUUUAGUGUUCAAUGAUGAAGUAUCGUCUGUAAGAGAACAAGUUAAUCAAUUGAAUAAUGAAGGUGUAGAUAUCAUUAUCGCUCUAGGUCACGCUGGCAUUAGUACAGAUAAACGUAUAGCAGAAGAAAUUGAUGGAGUGGAUGUGGUUAUUGGCGGCCAUACAAACACUUUCUUAUACACAGGACAAGCGCCUUCCAAUGAUGAACCCGAAGGAGAGUACCCAACAGUUAUAACACAGGCAUCUGGGAGGAAGGUUUUGGUUGUGCAAGACUAUGCUUUUGGGAAAUAUCUUGGAUUCUUACAAGUAACAUUUAAUGAUAAUGGGGAAGUUACAUCGUGGAUAGGAAAUCCAAUACUACUUGAUAAUUCUACGAUACAAGAUGUUGAUAUUUUGGAUGAAAUGGUGGUUUAUAAAGCUGGAGUAGAAGCCUCAUCAUUUGAAGUAGUAGGUCGAUCACAGGUUUACUUAGAAAAUGAUCGCAAGGUAUGUCGGGUACAGGAAUGUAACUUAGGUAAUUUAAUAGCUGACAGCAUGGUUCAUCAAAAUCUCAAGCAUUCAGAUUCCCUGGAAUGGAGUGACGUCUCUAUUGCCAUAAUGAACAGUGGUGGAAUCCGAGCGCCUAUUUCAAAAGGUGAUAUAACUAUUGAAGCGAUUCUGUCUGUCCUACCCUUUCGUAAUACUAUAGAUAUUAUUGAGAUAAAAGGUAAAUACAUCAGACAGAGUUUGGAAUAUACUGCUGUACGACGAUCUUUUGUUGAGUAUUAUGGUGGGUUUUUCCAGUUUUCUGGUUUAAAGGUGGUAUUUAACAUGAAUAAUACAGAAAAUAAUAGGGUAGUCAGUGUUCAAGUUAAAUGUACUAAAUGUGCUAUACCUAGAUUUGUUGAUCUAGAAAUGGAAGAAAUCUACAAGGUGGUGCUCCCGUCUUACAUUGUUCUGGGCGGUGAUGGACACACGCAUAUUAAAAACAACGUAAUACGUCAUCAUAUAAUAGGCGAUCUUGAUACAGACGUUUUGAUUGAGUAUAUCAGAUCAGUUUCACCUGUAGCUGUUGGUCUAGAGGAUAGAAUCACAUUUGUGGAAAAUACCCAAAGUUCUUGUUUAUCACCAUCAUCAUUAUCAUCGAUAACAACACCAUUGACUUGCACCUUUCUUUUGAUUUUAAUACUUUGUUUGACAAGUGUAACAUUAUAUAUGCAGUAUUAAACACGUAUCAUGUAAGAGCUUAGUCUACCUAUUGCAGAUCUUUAUUUUAGCCUCAAAUGAUAUAUUUAUUAUUAAUUAGACACUUAUUCACACGACAAGCCUAUAUAAAGUCUCUAGACUAUCGGAUGGUUGUGAUUUUGAACGGAUCGAAACAUGAUCACCAUUUAAUAAUUCAAUUUAAAAAUGGAUAAUCGAGACUUUGUUUAUUAUCGAAACAAUGAUAGCGAUGAAAAUCGAGGCGUCCUAACCGCUUUCUAUAAUAUUUUUAUUUCUAACAUUUAUUUAACUUUCACAGUUAACACCUGGUUGAUCUGUCCAUCAUAUUUUUGUGCUUGUCAGUUAUUAAUUUGCAGUUGAUUAAAUUGUUUUUGUAUAUUUACAUAUUAAAUAUUCCACAGCCUCUUUAUGAUAGUUUAUGCUAGGUUCUCACUGUCGUUCCAUGCGUUACGAUAUGAUUGUCCCAAUUGAAUCCACGAUCUGGUACGUGCAGAUACGUUCGGAUACGAUCAACACGAUUGCCACGAUUGACCUCAAUAUAUGACCUGAUAGGAUCACGAUUACUCUACGAUUAAAACCACGAUUUCAAUCGUAGCGCGAAUCGUGACUGUGGGAACCUAGCAUUAAGUAUUAGAUAGGUCUGAUAAUGCCAGGUGCCUACAGUCGUGCGAUGCGUUACGAUAGGAUUGUUCCUAUUGAACCCACGGUCUGGUACGUGCAGAUACGUUAAAUCCGUUUCGAUUGCUACGACUGACCGCAAUAUAUGAUAAGACUUGAUAGAAUCAUCACGAUUACUCCACGAUUGAAACUAUGAGACGAAAAACCGAGGUCCCGUGUAUACAUUGAAAUGCACGUAAAAGAUCCCUUGGCGGUUGGAAUUCGAUAUAAGAGUAUGCGAUAGUGCCGCUGCCCGGGCAAAAUUUCUCUCAUAGCACACUGUAUGGCGUAUGCCCGUCUUCAUUAGCCCAGGUUAGGAGCAGAACAGUAGGACGUUAAACUCCAUUUCAUUUCAUUUCACGAGUUCAAUCGUAGCACGAAUCGUGAUAGUGUUAACCUAGCAUAAAAGCUGUUUGUAUGUUUUCACUCUUGUUACCGGUGUAAUUGUAUUGUAUUUGUUAAUCUACUAAAAUAAAAUUACUUGCAUUAGA